GCCCCUUUUGUGUGCGAAAUAAGCAUGUCUAAGCCGCUUUUAUAUUACGACGAUCGUAGUCCACCCGUGCGCAGUUGUCUUAUGCUUAUAAAAAUUCUAAACAUUGACGUUGAUCUGCAUUUUAUUGACCUUUUCAAGGGUGCUCAGUUUGAAGCAGAGUUUUUAGCGUUAAAUCCGCAACAUAGCGUCCCAACUCUAGUGCAUGGAGACAUUGUGCUUACUGAUAGCCAUGCUAUUCUUAUACAUUUGGCGGAACUCUACGAUGAAGCAGGUACAUUGUGGCCCAAAGAUCAUCGCCGUCGCAUGGAGGUGUUGAAUCGGUUACUCUUCGAGUGUUCCUUUUUGUUUCGGCGCGAUAGUGAUUUUAUGUCCGAAAUUGUGCGUAAAGGAUUUACAAACGUCGAUGUCAGUUAUCACGAACGUAAGCUAUGCGAGGCCUACGGCAUCAUGGAACAGUACUUGGCAAAGCAACAACACAUGGCUGGAGACCAGCUGACUAUUGCAGAUGUUUCCAUUGUGACCACAUUGAGUACUGUGAAUCUCAUGUUUCCGGUAACAGGCGCACGUUGGCCAAGGCUGCAGAUCUGGUUUGCCGCAAUGCAACAAUUGGAGGCGUACGAAGUUAAUCAGACCGGCUUGAAUAAAUUGCGGCAAGUAAUGGAACACGUUGGCAAGUUCAAGUUUCCCAAUCCAGGCAAUGACAAAGAAGUCGAUAUUUAAAGUUCCAUUGGCAGGCAAUUGAUAGAAGUACCAAACAUUUGAAAUCAAUUUUGCUGUAAUCGAAACAAGUAUUUAAAAUAACCUUUGCAUAUUUUAUACAUACUACUUAUAUACACAGAUGAUAUUUAAAGAAA